AUGGCACCAGUCGAGCCCAUAAUACCCAAGUUCCUUGUUUCCGGAACCAAACUACACUUCGGUCAUGGAAAAGGCUCUCAGGCCAUGGCGCAUUCAGUGACUCGCAGCGAAGUUGUAGCACGCGAUAUAUCAAAAGCCUUUCUCGUGGCCACCUGUUUUUUGAUCGGCAUGCUAGCUGCUAGCAUCUUCAUCGCUGGUAUCACAAUGUGCCGCAGAUAUGUCAAGAAAUGCCGCAUGCAACGCGAGGCAAAUUUGCAGAGGGAACGUGACGCCCUCAGUGAGUUCGAGAAGUUCGAGGAAGAUUCGCAGGCAUCUCACUGGGACACCUACGUCGUUCCAGAAUCGCACAGAGACCAAGAAUGGUGA